AUGGCAGCAGAAGUUCAACCGUUACCGCUGGUUAAGCUGCCUUCGGGCCCCAGCCCCGUCACUCCCGAACAGCGAUAUUGGAGAUCCUUCAAGAACCAGAAAUUACAUACCUCGACGGCAACAUGGCCCAUCUCGCACAUCAGUUUCCCCGCCCAGACAGGCGCCGUCCUGUCCAAUUCCAUGGUUGCCGCCACAAAGAUCAAUGACCUCUUUGCAGUAACCUCAGGUCCCCGUGUGGACAUCUUCUCGAUACGAAAGCGCGAGCUCCUCAAGACGAUUGGUCGCUUCGACAGCGAGGCCCAUUCCGGCGAGAUUAGGGCUGACGGCAGAGCGCUGGUCGCCGGUGAGGAUUCGGGAAAGAUGCAGGUUUUUGAUGUCGGCGGCGGUACAAGGGCCGUUAUUCUCAAGACAUGGCACAUCCACAAGCAGCCGGUGUGGGUUACAAAGUGGUCACCCACCGAGCUCACUACCCUCAUGAGUUGCAGUGACGACAAGACGGUCCGGCUGUGGGAUCUGCCAUCAAACAACCCCAGCCAUGCCUUUACCGGUCACUCAGAUUACGUCCGCAGCGGCGCUUUCAUCCCCGGCGGCAACAGCAACAUGCUGGUCACCGGUUCCUACGAUGAGACGGUCCGGGUGUGGGAUGCCAGGACACCGGGCGGUUCAGUCUUCACCUUUAAGCACAAGGACCCAAUCGAAGAAGUCCUGCCCCUUCCCGGGGGCACCACCCUCCUCGCUGCCUCCGGAAACGCCAUCUCGGUCCUUGACCUGGUCGCCGCGAAACCACUGCGUCUUAUCACGAACCACCAAAAGACUGUCACAAGUCUCUCGUUGGCGUCCAAUGGCAAGCGUGUUGUCAGCGGCAGUCUGGAUGGCCAUGUCAAGGUCUUUGAGACUUCCAACUGGAACGUCGUGUUUGGGUGCAAAUACUCCAGCCCUAUCCUCUCCCUCUCGGUCAUCGCCGCCGGCGCAGCCCAAGAAGACCGCCACCUCGCCGUAGGCAUGCAGUCCGGCGUGUUGGCCAUCCGCACCAAGCUGUCAGGAGCAGCCGCCGAGAAGGCCCGCGAGCGCGCCGCUAUCGAAGCCGCCAUUGGCACCUCAGCUCUCGACAAGAUCGACGCCAGAAAUGCCAAGCGCAAACGCGCAGCCGUCAGCAACAAGAACAUGGACAUGCUGGGCGAAAACGUCGACGUCGUCAUCCCAACAUCAGACACUGGCUCCAGGAAGAAGAAGCUCAAGCCCUGGCAGCGCAACUACAAGGAUGGGUUCUACGCCGCGUGUCUAGACGAAGUAAUCGACAUGUCCGGGCCAGAGUACCAACCUCUUACCGCCCUCACCGUUCUCAUUGCUCUUCGUCACCGGUCCGCGCUCCGCGAGGCGCUCGAGGGUCGCGACGAAGUGUCCAUCAUCCCUCUUCUAAAAUGGGUGAGCAAAUACAUUGUUGACCCGCGCUACCUCAGCAUUUGCGUCGAUGUGUCCUUCCACUUGUACGAUCUCUACAGCGAGCACGUUGCCGGAAGCUCAGAACUGGCAGUGUUGUUCCACGCUCUCCUCGGCAAGGUGUCAAGGGCGGCGAGCAAGGCGCAAACCGCCAUGGAAGUGGCGGGCAUGUUGGAGACCUUGACGUUGGGGAAUAACUAG